AUGCAACCGACAGUUCUUGGGAUAUGCAGUGUUAAAUUAUCAGCUUGGCGUUCGUAUUCGCCCCCACAAAUUAUUUAUUAAAUUUAAAAUGUUUAAUAACAAAAGCUUAAUACUCGUGUGAAGAGUUAUGUUUAGUUAAAUUAAAAUUAUGAAUUUUGUUUCGGGGUUAGUGACUUUUUCUAUAUUAUAUUAUUCGGCUAGGGCGCCGAAUAAACCAAUAUUAUUAAGUAGACCUGUAUCAGGUGAACUACUUAUUGAACCUGGCGAUAACGUUACUUUUAUUUGCGAAAGUGAGCAGAAGAUUCAGUGGUUUUACCCUUCAACUGAUGACGUAACACCGACUAAAAUAGAAGUUUUGGAUGCGGCCAAUGACACAUUUCACCAUUCUGAGCUACAUAUAAUAAAUAUGUCUUAUUUAUUUGUGGGAUAUUAUAAAUGCAGUCCCUCUAAUAUAAAUCAUCAGCAAAACAUAUAUGUAUUUGUCAACGAUAGUGAGCAUCUCUCAGCAAUUAAGGUAACAAAUGAAGGGUCGCCAAAGGUACUACAUGCUUUGCCUGAUGUAGAGCUAACAGUUCCUUGCAGACCUACAGAGCCACAUGUAACUGUAAAUUUUUGUUCUGAUACUUUUUUUGAAUCGGAAUGUAAUUGCAAUGAUAGCAAUUAUAGAAACAAUAUCGACCAGAGGCCUAGUUUUAAUCCUCGACGAGGAUUUCUUAUCAAUACUACAGAGGAAAAGUUAAGCAAUACAAUAUACACUUGUGUUUUUUGUAAAAAUCAGGCAAUUGAAAAAGUUAGCUUUAUGGUGGAAGAAAUUGAUCGAAGAGAUUUUCUUCCCAAACCAUAUUUUAAUUCUACAUCUCGUAUGAAUCAUACAGAAGUUGGAACCUCAAUCUUAGUGACUUGUUUUAUAGACUUGGUUGCUAGUGAUCUUUACUUUACUAUAAUAACACCGAGAGGUAUCUAUAGAAAACUUAAACAAACAAGAUAUACUAAGAAAGGUAUAGACUGCCUAUAUGUUGAAAAAGUUUUAGAAAAAACUACGCUACAAGACAGUGGCACCUAUGUGUGUGAGGUCUCCGAUCAACAAGACCAUAUUAGUUCAACAAAAACAUCCAUAACGCUCCGGGAUCCAAAUAAAUGCACUUUGGAAAUGGACUUAGUAGCAAUAAAAAAUCAACUAAUAGUGGACUCUGGAGACAGUAUGAGAUGGAAAUUUAAAAUUUACUCCCAUCCCGUUGCAACAUUAAUAUGGUUCUUUAAUGGUGCAAAAAUGAUAAAUAAUACGAUUAUUCAGUUUGGCUUUAAUGAAGAAGAAUCAGCAGCUUAUUUAUAUAUAGCAAAUGCACAACUCGAAAAUAUGGGAAACUAUACAGUAGAAGCUAUAUCGAGUCGUUGGACUAAGAACGUAGAAGAUUGUAUCAAAAGAAGAACUACCAGCUUGUUCUUAACUAUAAAAGAAAAGCCAACCAUCUGUAUAACUUCUUCUACUCAAGAAGACUGCAAAAGUGAAGUGAGUUCAAACAUCUACAUGUUAAACGAAAAUGUCACUAUGACUUGUACGGCUAGGGGCUAUCCAAUACCUAAUAUUACAUGGAUAGAAGAAAUAAACUCUAAAACAAGAAAGAUACGAGGGCAUUACUUUACCGUUAAACGGUACCUUGCCGAAUCUUAUGUAAAUAUAGAUACCUCCCAUGGUGGUAAAAUUUACUGCCUUGCCCAAAAUAGUGAAGGUUCUUCUGAAUUAUCAUUUGAAUAUCAUAUAUCAGAUGUGAUGAACGGCUUUGAUAUUACUCAAAUUACAAAUGCUACCUAUGUAAGUAAGGUUAAUAAAACUACAAAAGUAUUGGCUGCUGAACAGGAAACAUUUUCAUUUAUGUGUUCAGUAUCUCCUAAAAGAUCUAACGAUAUUCAACUUUUUUUCAAUGAUACAACUUUAAAUAAAGAGCUUGUAACUGAGGAAGUUGACACAUUAUCUAAGAAAAAGAUGGUAAUUAUAAAAAAGGCGAAAAAAUCAGACACGGGUCUCUACAGUUGCAGGAUUAAAACCUUAAAUAAUAACUAUGAGUACAUAAACUUUACUUUGGAAGUUGCAGCACGCCAGAAGCCAAAGUGGACAAGCACAAAUAUAAAAGAAGAUAUUUUAAUAGAUUUGGUUCAAAGUACUAAGUUGUACUGCUUUGCAGUCGGCUUACCGAAGCCUAUUGUAACUUGGUAUAAGGAUGGUCACAUAAUCAGCCCAUCGGAUCGUAUAUUAUUUGAAAAUAAUAGUAUGGCUCUACAUUUUAAAAAUACUACAUUACAGGAUGAAGGAUAUUAUGAAUGCAAAAUAUCUAACUCGGUGGGUCAUAUUUCUGCAUCAGGGAAUUUAUUAUUUAAAGUGAAACCUAUAUCUUUGACAGCAUACUAUUAUGCGAUUGGUACCUUCUUCACUCUCUUCAUAGUUGCUCUUAUUUACAUAAUUAUAAGAAUCAAGAAGGAAAGGGAGCUUCAAAGAAAAUUAAAGCAAUACGGUCUGGAAAAUUUUCAAAAUGGUAAUCCGGAACAUCUUAACCCGGAAUUGGGACUUGACGAUCAAGCACAUUUGUUGCCGUAUAAAAAAGAUUUUGAAUUUCCGAAGGAGCGGUUAAAAUUUGGCAAAGUUUUGGGCUCUGGUGCUUUUGGAAUAGUAUAUCGAGCUGAAGCAAAAGGAAUUAUUCCAGGAGAGCCUACCACAACUGUUGCUGUAAAAAUGGUUCAGCCAUCCGUUGAAGAUCCUGUUUAUCUCAAAGCUCUCGUAUCGGAACUUAAAAUUUUGGUUCAUAUAGGAAAACAUCUUAAUGUGGUUAAUUUACUGGGAGCCUGCACCAAAGAUGUAGUUAAAAAGGAACUGUUUGUCAUAGUAGAGUUUUGCCGUUUUGGUAAUUUACAAAACUUUCUUUACAAACAUCGAGCUUCAUUUAUAAAUCAGUUGGACGGAAACAGUGGUACAAUUAAUUAUAGCAUCGGAAUGGAUUUCUUGGAUAAAUCUUAUAUGGUAACAAGUGAUAACUGUUUGACACCUCCAGCAAAUUUGCAGCAGCAUACACUACAAUGUUCUUCGGCCACGGUAGAAAAUUCUGCAGGCCGGUAUAAAUCAAUAAUGAGCAACAACAGUAUCCAACCAGAUUGGCGUCUAUGCUAUAAAGGUGAUUAUAAAGGUGAAGUUAAGCCAAUUUGCACAAAGGAUCUCAUAACCUGGUCCUUUGAAAUUGCCAGAGGAAUGGAAUACUUAGCAUCCCGAAAAGUUUUACACGGUGAUUUGGCUGCUAGGAAUAUUCUUUUGGCUGAGAAUAAUGUGGUUAAAAUUUGCGAUUUUGGUCUUGCCAAAACACUGUAUAAGGAUACUAACUACCAAAAGAAAGCUAACGAAAAAUUACCUGUUAAGUGGAUGGCCAUUGAAUCAAUAAGUGAUCGCAUAUUCUCUACACAAUCUGAUGUAUGGUCAUAUGGUGUAGUUUUAUGGGAACUAUUUUCGUUAGCAAGAACUCCAUUUCCAGGAAUAUCAGAUAUUGAUAUCUUAUAUAAUAAAUUAAUUGAUGGGUAUCGAAUGGAUGCUCCUGCCUUCGCGCCCAAGGAGAUGUAUGAUUUGAUGUUAAAAUGUUGGAAUGCUUCAGCUACGGACCGACCGACAUUUGCCGAUUUGGCGCAAUCUAUUGGUACUCUUUUAGAAGAUAGUGUUAGAAAACAUUAUAUAGAUCUUAACGACCCGUACCUAAAAAUGAAUACAGACAAAUUGGAUGAAGACUAUUUGGCGAUGCUAAAUCCUCCGUCAUUUAAAAUGUUAUCUUCGCCAGCUAGCUACUAUACGAAUUCAGAUGUUUUAUCGUCUAGGACGAUUUGCGAGUCUGAAGGAUAUCUUAGCAUGAGUCCAAAUGACAUAUUUAGUCCUCGGCAUCAUGGUGUUUUCAGAUUUGAAUUUGAGAACCAAAAAUCGGAUGUAUGUGACACAGAUGAAGCCAACCACCCACGCAUCUCUUAUCCAUCAGAAGAUUCAGAAUCAGAAAUAGGAGCAGAUGGAUAUCUUACCCCAAUAACGCAAUUAAAUGCAGUAUCUAAUGCGACUUACUUAACCUUACUUGAAAGACACAACAAAUUGGCUAAUUUAACCAAAAUGAAAAGUAAAAGCCAUGAAAUAAUAUUAGAUAGUCCAGAUAAUUAUCUUUCCAUGUCUCAUUAUAAAAAUUUAGUUAAUAUGAAAAAUAUAGAUAAUCAGUUAUGUAUGAAUGUAUCAGAUAGGUAUGAACCUGUAAACUAUGUUAAUAUGUCUUAACAUAUUAAAUUUUUUUAUCUAUAUCUAAAAUAUAUUCCAGUCACGUCACUUAACUUUUCAAGUUUGUAGCCGAAUAAUUAUUAUUAAGAAAAUAUAUUUUUAAAUAGGAAAUACGUACUGUUAAUAUUCUCUAAAAAUACGAAAAAACUAUUAGGCACAAUUAAGAUUAUAAGAUUUAAGAAUUAUAAU